AUGUCUCCCGAGCCAGUCCCGCAACCGUGCGAGGUCUGCGGCGUCGAGACGACUCGGCGCUGCUCGGCGUGCGUCGAGGCCGGCAUCUCGCUCUUCUUCUGCGGCAAGGACCACCAGAAACUUGUCUGGCCGGCGCACAAGACGGUCUGCGGGCCCGGCAAAGCUCACCCGUUCGCCGUCAUGCCGCUCGCCGACGAGGAGGUCGCGUGGGCCCGAGGCCACCUGGGUGGGGUCAACCCGGUCUCGCGGGUGACGUUGGGCCAGGAGGUCGUCCACCUCAGCCAGAGCGAUCGGUCAGCCAAGGCGAUUCUGGGCGAGCUCACCGGCAACAGGUACCUCACGAGCAAGAUACGCAAGAAGAACCUGAUCGUGCACCGGGUCCGGGCGGUCUACGCGGGGCAAAAGCACGGCCGGCUCGACUCGCCCCUCGAGAUGGACCUGGAGCGCGUCUUUGCCGGCGAGACGAACCGCUUUGCGGUCUACAUGGUGGCGCCGCCGUCGGCAAGCAUCCUGCGUCAGAUUUGUUUCAAGCUCGAGGCGCUGUACAUCGGCGUCGAGGUCGACGAGUCGACCUGGUUCAGCCUCGUGCAGCACAAGGUCCUCAUCACGAGCCCCCUGCUCCAGGUCAGCCUCGUCCGAGGGCAGACCGACGAGCUCAAGAGCUACUGGGAGCCGAGCUGCGACCGCAUGUACGCGUGGAUCCGGGCGGGCGCCGGCUCGAACGAACCGAGGAUCGAGCGUGCGCUUGCCAGCUUUCAAGGUGCGGGCGAGGAGGUGCUGGACUCGUAG